AUGUCUGGAAGGCCAUGGUGCAAGACCAUUUUUGCUGGCUACAGGCGAGGUCUCCGGAACCAAAGAGAGCACACGACUCUUCUUAAAAUUGAAGGAGUUUAUGCCCGAGAUGAAACAGAGUUCUACUUAGGCAAGAGAUGCGCUUAUGUGUAUAAAGCAAAAAACAAUACAGUGACUCCUGGAGGCAAACCAAACAAAACCAGAGUGAUCUGGGGAAAGGUAACUCGGGCCCACGGAAACAGCGGUAUGGUUUGUGCCAAAUUCCGAAGCAACCUUCCUGCAAAGGCUGCUGGACACAGAAUCUGUGUGAUGCUAUACCCAUCCCGGAUUUAA